AUGGGCUGCGGUGCUUCAGCUGAUCCUAAAGAGACCGAGAAAGGAGUGAGUGAAAAUGGUCAACCAAAGAAGGACCUGUUUCCAGGAGGAAAAGCCUUUGAAGUUGAAGCUGACGCCAACUUUGACGAUGACAGUGACGACCCGUUGGAUGCCGCAGGUGCUGGUGGAAAAGUUAACUACGGAAAAGCACCCGUCAAAGCACAGGAAAAACAGUUGAUAGAAGGUGAUGGGGAAAAGGAGGAAUGUGGUGAUUUAGAUGAAGUUCAAACGAAGAUGGAAGGCAAAGAAGGCGCAGAAGAGGUCUUUGAGCCCACUGCGGAAAAAGGCGCUGAAAAGGAGCUGUCCAUGAAAAAAGUUCCUCCGGAAGCGCUAAUCAUGAAAGAACCCGUCAAAAAUAAACUUCAAAAGAUGGAUUCUAAGAAAGCUGAAAAGAAGCAAAAAAGCAGUAAAAGCAAACGAGGAGAUAAAAAGUCUAAAUCGAAAUCAAAGAAAAAGAAUGCAAAAGCAUCAUCUUCGAAAGCAGUGAAGCCAAAGAAAUCUCCGUCUAAGAAAAGCUCAAAAAGUUCAAAGAAGAAAAAGUCGAAUUCAAAAUCUAACAAACCAAAGAAGAGUGCAUCUGCAAAAGCAAAGGCUUCUUCAACUGCAAAAAAGUCCUCAGCUGGAAAAAAGAAGAAGAGCUCUUCUACUAAACCAGCAGCGGGCAAAACCAACAAGCCGUAG